UUUGCUCAACUGUAGUGUAAAAUGGGGGAAUGAAUAAAUCACGUGGUUUAUUCGCCACAUAACAAACACCUGAGUCGACACAACCUGAGUCGACACAACAGUCCGAACAGUCCUGGCCAGUGACAUUUCCGGAAGUCAUGCACUCCUAAAGUCGUUGCUUGUAUUCAGAUGAGCACCAGGGCGGUGUGCAGUGUUGACACGUGCUGUGUGUUAAUGGUCCUGCUUAUGAAACAGUAAACACGACCUGUUACAUCAGGCAGUGUGUUUACGACACAGAAGGUGCCACAAUGUCUUAUUACAGAAACGCGAUUUGGUUUGUAAAAGGGCUGCGAGAAUACACAAGGAGUGGCUAUGAAGCAGCAGCAAAACAUUUCAUAGAUUCUGAUCUGGACCUGGAUGUAAGCAGUAGGUCUUUUGUUAUCACGGGCGCCAACAGCGGGAUUGGAAAAGCGACUGCUCUGGAAAUAGCUAAACGAGGUGGCACAGUGCACAUGGUCUGUCGAAAUAAAGAGCGUGCAGACGAGGCGAAAAAGCAAAUUGUGGAACAGAGCAAAAACGAGAAUGUGCAUGUGCACAUUGUGGACAUGUUAAGUCCGAGAGGAUUAUGGGAAUUUGUGAACAACUUCACUCAGAACCAUAGCGUACAUGUGCUGAUCAACAAUGCUGGGUGUAUGGUGAAUCAGCGUGAGUUGACUGAGAAUGGCCUUGAGAAAAACUUUGCCACCAACACACUUGGAACAUUCAUCCUGACCACAGCACUAAUUCCUGUGCUGAAAAAGUCCCAGGACCCAAGAGUGAUCACUGUAUCAUCAGGAGGAAUGUUGGUCCAGAAACUCAACCUUGAUGAUCUGCAGUUUGAAAAAGGAACCUUUGAUGGAACUAUGGCUUAUGCCCAGAACAAGAGACAGCAGGUGAUAAUGACAGAAGUUUGGGCACGUCAGCACAAAGAGAUUCACUUCUCAUCUAUGCACCCAGGUUGGGCCGAUACACCAGCGGUGCGGUCCUCUAUGCCAGAUUUUUAUGCCAAAAUGAAGGAUAAAUUACGCACAGAAGCACAAGGAGCUGACACUGUGGUAUGGUUAGCACUGGCUGACGCAGCUGUGAAGCAUCCCAGUGGUCUCUUCUUCCAAGACAGAACCCCAGUGGCCACACACCUGCCUCUGGCCUUUACCAGAUCCUCAUCCUCUGAGGAGAACGAGUUUAUGAACAUGCUGGAGCGGCUCAACACACAGCUGAGGCAGUGUCCUACUUCGGCGCUUUAAAGAAGAAAAAUGUCCGUACAAAAAAGAUACAUUUUUUUCUCUAAAUAACAGCCAAAAUAAAAAUGUAAAUGUUUUAUAUGGAAUGUGCCAUUACAGAUAUGCUUACUUGAUUGUGGAAAAUAAUAAAACAUACAUACAUUAUCUAAUUGUCUAAUCAUGUCCUGUUGUAGGCGUGACAAUUUUUUACUUCACGAAAGUGCAUUAAACUAAUGAAUACUAAGAUGUUUGUCAUAUUCAAUUUAAUAUUGUAUUUUAAAGGAUUUGUUCCAAAAAGUACAGUAAACCUAUAAUGUGUUUCAUAUUUUUCAAUUCUUCAGACCUUUUGCUUUGAUGGCAGCUUUGGACACUCUUGGUAUUCUCUUAAUCAGCAUCAUGAGGCAGUCACCUGGAAUGGUUUUUCCAACAAUCCUGAGAAGUUUCCAGAGUUGUUGUAUACUGUACUUGUUGGCUGUUAUUCCUUCACUCUCUGGUCCAACUCAUCCCAAACCAUCUCAUCUGGAUUUGGACUGGGUGAUUGUGGAGGUCAGGUCAUCUGAUGCAGCAUUCAAUCACUGUUCUUCUUGAACAGAUAGCUUGUUGUUCUUUUAAAGUAAUGGUUCCGUUGCUACAAUUAGACCGUAAAGUCUACUCUGAACAGUGUAUGUUGCAGUAUGGCUACCACUUGAACUCUAAAAAGCCUGUAUGUAAAUUGGAGGUUUCUGAGGAUGGUAAUUCUAAUAAACGUAUCUUCUGCAGAA